CUCCAUCUCCAUCCUCCUCCAGCAUGUCGCUCUCCUCUCCCUCCUCUGCUCCUCGUUUUAUAUCAACUUGAACUAUUCAUGCAUUUAAUUUCUAAUGAUACACGUAGAGCUCUCUCUCUCUCUCUCUCUCCCUCUCUCUGUCUCUCUUCGUCUCCCCCCUCCUCUUUCUCUCUCUAGUUUCUGCUCCUCUCUUCGCCACCUGUUAGUUAGUCUCCUCCGCUCCGCACUGGAAUCCCCUCUUUUUUUAUGAGGAGUUUCACACUUGCGCUAUCAGUGAGCCCUAUGACGGUGCGAAAAGGAAAACGUUUAGGCAUCUCCAUCCAGGAGCACAUGGCCAUCGACGUAUGCCCGGGCCCCAUCCGGCCCAUCCGCCAAAUCUCUGCCUACUUCCCUCGCCUGUCGCCCACUUCCUCCUUCUCCGAGCCGCUCUCGCCCAAUCACGUGGCAGCUCCAACAUCGCUCUGCCCCGGCAACGCGGGCCAAGGUGGAGGGGCCGCCGGAGGAGGGAGCAGCAGCCUGUUGUCACCGCUGUUACCAGGGGCGGCGGGCGGAGGGGGCUCAUUGUCAGCCAUGAGCAGCAUGGACACCUCCAUCGAGAUCGACAGCUGUGACAGCGACGAUAACACCGCCUUGGGGACGUUAGAGUUUGACCUACUGUAUGAGAGAGCCACCAGCUCCUUACACUGCACAGUCCUGAAAGCAAAGGGUCUGAAGCCGAUGGAUUUCAACGGUUUGGCUGAUCCUUAUGUCAAGCUGCACCUGCUGCCGGGAGCCUGCAAGGCCAAUAAGCUGAAAACCAAGACGGUUCGCAACACGCUGCACCCUGUGUGGAAUGAGACGCUCACCUACUGUGGAAUCACAGAAGAAGACAUGUACCGCAAAACACUCCGGGUGUCCGUGUGCGACGAGGACAAGCUGACACAUAAUGAGUUCAUCGGGGAGUCGCGGGUGGCCCUGCGUCGCGUGAAGCCUGACCAGACUAAACACUUUAACAUCUGCCUGGAGCAUCCACCUCCUCUGCCUUCACCGACCGCGAUGAGCACAGCCCUGAGAGGAAUCUCCUGCUACCUGAGAGAGUGGGAGACUGAGCAGCAGAGAAGUCUAGAGGAGAGAGGCCGCUUGCUGCUCUGCCUGCAGUACUUCCCCCCGGCUAGCGAUGGCGAUGUGAAGGGCGAGGCCAAGGAGAGGGCUCGCGGCGGGCUGUGCGUGGGCGUCAAACGCUGCGCCCACCUGGCAGCCAUGGACGUCAACGGCUACUCAGACCCCUACGUUAAAACGUACCUCAAGCCAGACGUUCAGAAGAAGUCCAAGCACAAAACAGCGGUCAUAAAAAAGACUCUCAACCCAGAGUUUAAUGAGGAGUUCUUCUAUGAAAUCACCUUCUCAGAGUUAGCCACCAAGACGCUGGAGGUCACGGUGUGGGACUACGACCUGGGGAAAUCCAAUGACUUCAUAGGCGGUGUGUCCUUGGGGUGCCACUCACAGGGAGAAACUCUGCAGCACUGGAUAGACUGUCUGAAGAACAAGGGCACGAAGGUGGAGCGCUGGCACACGCUGACCAACGAGCUGCCAGGAUCCACGUUGCAGGAAUGAACUGAUCCUCUUCCACAGACACUGGAGAGGCUGCUCAGCUGCCUGAGAGACGUUUCAUCGCAUGCUCUGGGGAUUUUCUGCAUGACUAUGAGGGAUUCAUAUCCUACUUACUUUGUGUCAUAAAUGAGAUCAUAAUUCAUAACAACACACUGAAAGGGGGGUCACACUCAGAGAUCAAUACUCUAAUCUUGGAUCUAAAUAGACUUGAUGCAAAUCUGGGAAAACCGCAAAAGCAUGAUGAAUUCUCAUAAUCAUAUUCAUAGGGAUCCAUGUCCCUUUUGGGGAUUUAAUGUCAAUCUGAAUACUCCUCUGCGCUGCUCCAAAUUGAAUUUGUGCAAGAAAAUAUAAUGAGGGAGAAAGCUGAAUUAUUCUCUCCUGUCAGGUUUACUUGCUCUUAUUCGGCCUGACAUUUUCAUUAACUUCUGACCAACCGUCUCACAGCGCACAUACCUCUCCCUUGCAAUAAUGUUUUGCCUAAUGCUUCCGAUGACCUCCAAGUGGUCUUAACACUGUCAGACCUUUUGUAUCUAUUGAUCAGAUCACCACUGGAUCGCCUGCAGAAAACAAGAGAGACAAUUGGUUCUUCCAUGUCGAUGGUUCGUGUCAGUUAUUUGCAUGUUUGGUGUUGAUGGAGCAAACUAAAAGACAAGGCUCUGCUGCAGGAUGUUCAUCAUUGUGUGGCUCCCAAUUCUCCUGAGGUGCAUUGAUCUGAUUAACUGGAGAGAUGUUUUUAUUUAAUUCAAGGUUUUUUUAUGUUGUUUAAUGUGUCAGCUCUAAUAUCACAGUUUCUUGUUGGUGACACGUUGAUGUUUGCUUCACAAUCCCUAGUUUGUACGCAGGUGGAGAGUGAUGUACAGAAACGUUUCAGAGCAGAUUGGUGUAAGGAGAGCUGUGCAUGGUCAUAAAAUCUUCAGCCUUUGUUUAAUAUCUAAAUCACUAAUACGAACGGUGUAUAGAGCACAGUGUUGUCUGAUAGCUCUCCAUGGCUGCUGGUUAGAGAGGCAUGCUGAAAAUUACCAGUGGUGUUCAUAUGUAAAUAUAUAUUGUGUUUCACUUGCUUUGGAUGUUUGUCUUUUGGAAGUUAAAGUGUGCAUGAUUGUUUCUUUUUUUUUCAUAAAACAUUCAUAUUGA